AUGUUUUCACUCUUGUAUGGAUUGAUAUGUUUUUGUGCGCUGGGCUGCAAUCAACAGGCGAGCGGCCAGGUAGACGAUGGGAAGCGGUACAUCUGCCGGGCAAUACCCCUCAGCGGGGACACCAGCUGCCCAGUGACAUUGUUACCCGAACUAAACGCCGGGAGCCAAGAAGAAGAGCUCAGAAACACUGUCAUGCAGCUACGGGAGACAAUUCUACAGCAAAAAGAAACCAUGUCCAAACAAUUAGGUACCAUCAACGAGCUGACCACCAAACUGUCCCUCUGCGCAUCAGCCACCGACGAUAGGAAGUACGAAAAAGGGGGUUCAUGGGGGAAAGAAAAGCAAAACACAAUGGGAGAUGUUCCCAGAGAUCCAAACGACACCAUUGAUAAUCUUGGAAAAACAAUGCAGGGGCUCAAGGACCGGUUGGAGAACCUGGAGCAACAGCAGAUGCGGGCCAAUAUAUCUGGCGCCUCGUUCCCCAGUGACCUGCGUGACCUGCUCCAACGUCGUCUUGGGGAACUGGAGAAACAGCUAUUGAAGAAAGUCAGCAACCUAGAGGAGGAGAAGAGUAUGUUGUCCAAUGCCACAGCCGCAUACAGGCUGAAGACAGAGAGCACGUUGAACGCCCUGGUGGAUAGGAUCAGUGAGCUGGAGAAAGGAGGAGGAGACUUAAAGUCCCCUGAGCAGUUUAAGCUGUCCCUCCCUCAGCGUACCAACUAUCUGUAUGGCCGCAUCACCAAGAGCCUUCCAGAGAUGUAUGCGUUCACACUCUGCAUGUGGAUCAAGUCCAGCACCACUCCUGGCAUAGGGACUCCCUUCUCUUACGGUGUGCCGGGGCAAGCGAAUGAGAUAGUGCUGAUAGAAUGGGGCAAUAACCCAAUCGAGCUCCUCAUCAACGACAAGGUUGCCCAGUUGCCCUUGGAGGUACGGGAUGGAAGGUGGCACCACAUCUGCAUCUCGUGGACCACACGGGAUGGCCAGUGGGAUGCUUACCAAGAUGGGGAGAAGAGGGGAACUGGUGAAAACCUGGCGGCCUGGCAUCCCAUCAAACCUGGUGGAGUCAUCAUCCUGGGGCAGGAGCAGGAUGUCGUGGGCGGCCGCUUUGACGCUGGACAGGCUUUCGUGGGCGAGCUUAGUCAGGUAAACAUAUGGGACCGCAUUCUGAAGCCGGUCGAGAUCCAGUCUAUGGCCAACUGUACAUCCUACAUGCCUGGUAAUGUGGUCUCGUGGCUAGUGAGCAAUGUGGAAGUCUUCGGUAGGGGGGCUUUCAAAAAGCCUCUGGAGGUAUGUCAGGAGCGGCUGCCCAAUGCUUGA